AGUAAACGUAACGGUCCUGUGAAACUGCUUUGAUAAAUCGCUGCUUCAGUGAUGUCUCGACUCGUCAAGAAAGCUCCAUCUCUUUGUACGGAUCUGCCAUUGGACAACACUGACAUUUGUAACAAGCUUCAUUUGCUGAGGCAGCUUCUGAAAUCGUGUUUUGGUCCGACAGGUAGACUCAAACAGGUUCAUAACAAUAUUGGAGGACACGUUGUAACCACCUCCACCUCCUCCGUCCUCCUCCCAGCCAUUGCCUCCUCGCAGUCUUUUAUUAAUCUGAUAAAAACCUCCGUUCUCAACCACGUUUCUCGCUUCAGUGACUGUGGUUUGUUUGCUGCCAUUCUUUGUUUAUCUCUUAUUGAGCAAGCAAAGCAGUCUGGUCUCAGAGGCGAUGUGGCUAUCAGAGUGAACAAGCACUUGCUGGGAAUGUGCACCAGUUACCUACAACGAGAAGACUGUGGUUGUAAAGUUAAGCUCGACUUCUGCAGCAGCCAUAACUUGAUCACAUUAGCUCGCAGUAUUAUCUCCAGCAAACCAGCAUGUGUGCUAACAGAGUCAGAGGCACUUCACAUCAGCAGAUUGGCUGUACAAGCUUUUUUGCUGACUGUUCCCUGUAACAUGCCAGGUGUAGUCAGUCUUGGAAAAAUAGUGACCAUCUCUGUUGAAGGCCACCCUGUGCUAAACUCUGCAGUGUUUCCAGGUUUACUGGUGGACACACCUGAUAUCUUACGCGUCGACAAGUCAAAGCUCCUGCAUUCAAAGCCACUGCGCAUGGUGUUGUUCAGUGCAUCUCUUGCUGGAGACCUUUCUGAACUGGGAGAUGGGAUAAUUGACGUGCACCCAGGUGUAGACACAGACUCGCAGAUACUGGAUCAGCUCCUGGAGCUUUGCAAACUUGUGGUGAAAGAUGAGGUGAAGCUCUUUGUAUGCCAGAAGGUCAUACACCCAGUCCUGCAGCAAUACCUGAAGAGUCAUGGUGUCAUGGUGAUAGAAAGACUGGGAAUCGCUCUCAUGGAGCCACUUACUCAGCUGACAGGUGCUCAACCUGUGGCCACAUUGCACACCACAAUCCCAGCCAAGGCCUACGGGAAGGUGAAGGAUCUCAGUAUUAUGCAGUUUGGAUCCAAGACAAUGCUGCAUUUACAUCCUCCUGGGGAGUCGUCGAUCUGCACGAUGAUGCUCUGCCACAGGAACGAGACUAUGUUAAGUGAGCUGAAGGUGGUGUGCCAAAAGACUGAACAUGUGUUGAGGCUCACCUUGAGAGAACCAUUUGCCUUACUUGGAGGUGGAUGUACAGAGACCCACUUGGCUGCUUACGUCAGACACAAGAGCAUGAAACAAGUUGCAGAGACCGUAUCGGUGCUUGGGUGCUCACAGACGGAGCACCUUCGUGGCGUGGACGGUUUCUGUCACUCUCUGGAGUCUGUGGCCGCAGCGCUGGAGCACGACGGCGGGAAUUCUUUAAUGGAUCUGACUCAUGCUCACCACUGGACUCACUCCGCAGAUGUCAUGGAAGAAAACAUGGAGGAUAGCCUGGGCUUCUGUGGCUGUGGACUGAUUGACAGUAGCAUAAAUCAGAGCUGGGGGUUCCUCAACACUAAAUACCCGGAGUUCUCACCUGCACCUCUGUCUAGAGAUACAGCUGUGCAGCCGCGCGUGCUUGACUCCUUCACGGCUAAACUCAAUGCCUUGCAAGUUGCUGUAGAAACUGCUAAUCUUGCACUGGAUGUGCGAUAUCUAAUUCAAGAUAUGAACUAG